AUGGUUUCUGCAGCUAUCCCAACUCAGUACACGGCCUCGCCGUCUUCGUUCGCGGCGACUCCGUCCUUGACGAUCAACCAUGUCGCAACUCAGGAUCUCGAUUCCAGCAAUGCCUUUGAAGGGCCUGAGAAGCUCCUUGAGGUCUGGUUUGCACCUAGCGCCAAGGACCUGGGAACCGCAAACCCUGCGGGUCUGAAAGCCGUUUCGGAGGAUGUCUGGAAGGACAUGCUGGACCUGGUCAACUGUCAGGUCCUGUCCAUUGUUGCGUCUGACGAUGUCGACGCCUAUCUACUGUCGGAAUCCAGCAUGUUCGUAUGGCCUCACAAGCUGAUCCUCAAGACCUGUGGAACUACGACCCUGCUCUCCGGUCUUCCGCGCAUCCUUGAGAUCGCCGCCGUGUUUGCUGGUUUCCCUAAAGCAACUGCACCUGCAUCUCUUGGAAUUAGCGUUGCGGCUACCCCGUACCGUGUGUUCUACAGUCGCAAGAACUUCCUCUUCCCCGACCGCCAGCGUGGUCCUCACCGAAGCUGGAGGGACGAGGUCCGAACCAUGGACAAGCUCUUCCAAAACGGCAGUGCCUACAUGAUUGGCAAGAUGAACGGUGACCAUUGGUACCUGUACCUGACCGAGCCGCAUACGUUGCUUACACCGCCUGGCACCCCUGGUGAGGAGACCGAGACCAGGUUCCUCUCUGUUCCUGAGGGCACUGCCUUGCACAGCGGAAAUGACGAGCAUGAUGAGACUCUCGAGGUCCUGAUGACCGACCUGGAUGAGGAGAAUGCCAAGCAGUUUUACCUUGAAAAUGCCACCGAGGUCGCGGCAACGCGCUACCGCAACAUUGAAAAGGACGACGAUGGCCACGUCGAUGUAUUCAGCAAUACCUCGGACAUGAGCGACAUGGGUUCCGACGGUGGCCAGAUUCUGCCUUCCGAGCUGACCACCGAAGGCCAUGCUUUGGGAACUGUGGUGUCUGAGUCGUCCGGUCUGUCCGAUGUGUACCCUAAGGACAAGUUUCCCGACUCACGCAUCGAUGCGUAUCUGUUCACCCCGUGCGGAUUCUCCGCCAACGGUGUGAUUCCUGCCCCCGAUCUCAAGACCGGCACCCAUUACUUCACCGUUCAUGUGACGCCGGAGCCUCACUGCUCCUACGCGUCUUUUGAGACCAACGUGCCCCACUCGCAGACCGGCCAGACCACUGCAGGAAUCAUCAAGCAAGUGGUGGACAUUUUCAAGCCAGGACGUUUCAGCGUGACUCUCUUCGAGGCCCAGCCCGACGAGGGAGAGGCCGAUAGCGCCAAAUACAUUGAACGCCAGACCGCCCGUCGGGCGACCAAGAUGGAGCACAUUGACGGCUACCGUCGGGUGGACCGGAUCGUGCACGAUCUGGAUGGAUACGACCUUGUCUUCCGUUACUACGAACGUAAUGACUGGAAAGGGGGGGCCCCGAGACUGGGCGAGAAGACUUGGUGA